UUGUUCUCACAACCGAUGUGUCCGUAACACCAUUAUUCGAUGACCACGGGUCCGAUGUCCAACCCAGAGAUAAUAUGUUCCAUCAGUGCAGCAUAAUUUAAUUAGAACAAGGUACCAGUUGGAUGCCUUUAAUAAGGAGUAGAACACAAAAAAGAAUUACCCCUGAAUUAAUUAGAACUAGGAGAUAAGGAGAGAGAGAAAGAGAAAGUUCGGGCUUAAUUGGUUUAGUUCCCGCCAGCCCAUGGUGCUGACCUUUUUUCAAAAUUAACAAACCCCCACUUUUCGACCUCUCAUCACCUCUAUUUCCAUAUCAGCAUCGCAUUGGCGGCGGCCGAAGUAGACAAACCGCGAGAUGCUGUUUUCAUAGAUAACAUAACAGGGGAUAUUACUGCCACUUCUGCGGAAAACCCUAAACACUCGCCGCGAGUUUUCCCUCUGAAGGCAAUGAAUGAGGUACUCAAUGGAGUCUCAGCCUUGGGAAGCCUUAGAUCUCGACGAUUCUGAUCUUCCUUCUCUCCUUCGCCCUUGCAAACUGCAACGUACCGUCUUCCCCUCAUCCGCCCCUGUCGCUGCCGAGAUCCCUUCUUUGCAGCCAACACCGGAGCAGCAGCCGCCAACUUCUUCUUUGAGACACCGCUCUAUUCCUGGACCUGCUGGAGCAGUCCAUGCUGCGAUGCUCCAGAAAUAUCACGACCGCGCGACACACAAUUCCUCUGAUCAUGAUAAGGGUAACGACGACCUGCUCUCUACCCAAGACUACAUACGGAAGGCCUUGGACAAUACUCCGGAAUUCGAUAAUGAUUUCUCCCGCCAUCCUUGGCUUUCUGCUCUCCAGUUUCUCGGUGCUGAAGAUGGUUUGAUUCCGAGCAUACCUAUCAGCUCUAUCAAGAAAUGUCUCAAUGGCGACAAGAUUGUUCAGGUUGUAGCUAUUGUAAAGUCAUGCACUCCUAAUGGUCUUGGGGGUUUGUUAGUGUCAUUGAAGGACCCAACUGGUACAAUUGAUGCUACUAUUCACCACAAAGUCCUCUCCGAAAACGAGUUUGGUAAGGAGUUAACUACUGGUGCAGCUCUAAUACUUCAGAAGGUAGCCAUCUUUGCCCCUGUGAGGACAGCACGUUAUCUCAAUGUAACAACAAGGAAUUUGGUGAAGGUGUUCUGCCAAAACAAGGAAUCUACUUCAGAACUUUUUAAGCCUGUUCAGCCAGUCCAGUAUGCUGAUCCCGAUACUGAAUCUAGUCGAAAAGCCCGAGCAGUGGAGAAGAUGUCCUCCAUGCAGAAUGAGGUGCAGGAAGACACUGAGAUGAGACAGUCCAAGAGAGCUGAGAAUUCCCAAAAUGAGAAUGUAAUUCGGAAGCAGAAUCUUUUUGAUGGAAGUAGUCAAUCGAAUAACAGGGACAGCUCAAACGUAUCUGCAACCCAGAGAGGAGGUUACAUUAAUCUUAGCCAGCAUGCGUGCAAUGAAGGACCUGAAGACAUGAGCAGGACUAGGAUUGCUGGUGACGACCAAGAGAUAGCGAAUGGCACCCAAAGGGGCACAAAGGGAGGUAACUCGGAAGGUAACAAGACUGAUAAAAUGAUCGACUGUCUUGCAGCAACUACAGGAGAAAAUGGUCGAGGGACCAAUGAAGUUCAAAUGCAAACGCAGCCUCUAAUGUCGACAGCCACUCCUCCACAGUGGACAGACGAACAGUUGAAUGAACUUUUUGCGGACGAUGAGGAUGAUGCUUCUUUAUUCUGAUAAGGAUGAUGCUUCUUUAUUUCUAUGUGCAUGCCCUUCUUCACCCCCCAACCAAACACACGUUACCAUAGUUCUACAUUACCAAUCUAUACAUCUUGAAGCUGUCAUUUUG